CUGUGUCCAUUCAGGGCUGUUCACAACCUGGUCGGCUUCUGUUUCUUUUUCAUGAGGCCCAUGUUUCCCCGUCGCGUCCUCCUUCACCGCCUCUCCUUCCCUCCCUUCUUCCAGGCAGAGUGGAAUUCUCUCCUCCACGCGCCAAUGUAGCGGGACUCGCCUCCCACAUCUCUGGCUUCCCGCCGCUCACCGUUUCCAUGGAGACCUCUUAAUUAACUGAACCUAGGGACGGGGCACGCGGGCUGAACGAAACCCGCGGGAGCAGCGAGCCGCCGCGGCUGGAAGAGCGUGAGCAGAGCGAGGGCUCGCUGAGCGAGAGCCGGGCGGAGGAAGCUGGGAGCGCCGCCGCCAGAUGGAGAAAUCGAUUAUUCUAUUGCUCUGGUUACAAUAUGUUGUUAAGAUCGUUUGUUUCUGUUAUAUGCCAAUGAAUAAUCGAACAACAACAGUUUUUAUUGAAUGGGAUGAAUUUCCUAAGGGAGGAAGUCCUGAAUUUUAUUUUUUAAAAUAUCAACUUGUUAAUAAUUUUGCUGAAAAAAAUGUCAAAAGCGUUCCUGCAGACCUGCAAAAACUUUCAAAGUCAGUAAUACUAGAGGAAAAUGAAGACUAUCACAUCAUUCUACAGUCUAUAAAACAUGGACAAAUUUUAAGUGAAAAGUCAUUUGAAACCCGUGGUUUCUCAACUAGCAAUAUUAAAACAAAAGCAACAAGCACGAGUGUUUCCUUUAACUGGAGUGUGCUGUCUUCCAGUGACAUUUUAGUGUCAAUAUCUCUCAGUAAUUCUACACAAAUUAUGGAAAAUAAUAUUACAGCUUAUGAGUGGGCUAAUUUAAAACCUGCAACCUUAUAUGCUUUUAAAUUUGAAUUUAAACAAUUGCAUUUGGAUUUUAUAAAUGUAUUUCAGAGACUGGAUGUUCAAGUAGAAACAGGUUCAUGUUCACGAGGAUGGGUAGCAUUAAAAAAUAGCUGUUAUAAAAUUAGCAAAGAGAGUAUGCCGUGGGAUAUAGCUGAGCAACAUUGUAAGUUAUCCUUAAGUUCUGCACACCUUGUGGAUAUAAAAAAUGAAGAGGAAAAAAACUUUAUAUUUUCACUCCUCAGGUCGAAGAAUCAAAUAAUAAUAUGGACUGGUCUUAAUGAUUUGAAGAAAGAAGGUCAUCUCACAUGGCUAGAUGGAUCAUCUUUUGGCCUUAAGAAAAAUGAAAUCUUUUCUUUUCCACUGCUACCCAAGAAUGAAACAGAUUGCUACAUUUUACAGCAAAAUGCAACUGGAUCAAACUAUUUCUUUACAAGAUUUUUCUGUUAUGUUCCACUGCCAUAUAUUUGCAAAUACGAGUCACUUUCUCUGCAGGAAAACCUUUCAAUCUAUAUAAAGGAUAUCGGAACAACUGAAGUUGUAUUUGGUUGGCAUAAUUCGAAUGGUUGGAAUAAUUUGGAUAAGUGGCUAAAACUGGGAUAUAAAAUUAUUAUUAAAUAUUAUUUAGAUUAUACAGAAGAACAACAUUUUGACAGCAUAUCCCCAAAUGCUACAGAAAAAACAAUUACCCAGUUGUGUCCUGGCCAUGUUUACAGAUUUUUACUCUUUGCAAUAAAUGAAUGGGAGGCAAAAACUAUGUUAACUUCAAUAUUUGUUGUUGAAACACGCCCAUUAUCAGCUCAAAAUGUCACAGUUAUUCAUGUGACUCCAACAGAAAUAUUUUUACACUGGAAUCCCCCAGAUCUUGUAUCUUUUCACCAUUAUCUUGUGACGAUUUUGGAUGUUGAAAACAAUAAAUCCGAAGAGGUGUUUGUUGAAAAACUCAACACAUCAAUGAGAAUUGGAGAUCUCAAACCUUUCCAUCAGUAUCUGAUAUAUCUAUUCAGUGUAGCAGAAAGAGGAACUCUAAGCUGCUCUGAGAGACCUAUUUCAGCUGUGACAGGUAUUAGUCCUCCUCAGAAAGUUCAUGCUAAACCUGAAGAUGUGGGAGAGGACAGUAUAAUUCUUCACUGGGAACUCCCACAAGAUGGCCAUGAGGUCUACAUUCAAAUCAAACCCAUAUCAGAUGCAAGAGAAGUCAGGAAGCUUUUUGUAAAAGAUGCUAAUAGAUUCAAGAUUGAUAAUUUAACCCCUGGAAUGACAUAUGACAUUGGAAUGGCAACAACGAUGAAUGGGAACUUGAGUGAGCUGGUAACUAUUCAACAAACUCUAAAGCCCAAACCAGUCCAAAUUGUCAUCCCAUAUGAAAGUCAUAGUACCUCUGUAAUCUUAUUUGUUCAAAUGCCUGAUACUGGAGUGUUUGAUGGCAUACAUAUUGUAAUUGAAGGAGGACCAAAUGUUACCAGGCCUUUGAAACAUGACAAUAAAGUAACUGUUGGCAAUUUAACGCCAGGCACAGAAUAUAAUUUCUUUGUUUCCAUCAUCAGUGGUACUAAACUAAGUAAUAUGUACUAUGUGCCUGCAGUAAAAACAUGUCUGGAAGCACCAUCAAAUAUCCAUGAGGGCAAAGUAACAGACUCUUCCAUAGAAAUUCUCUGGAAUCGAGCUGAUGGGAAUUUUCAGCAUUAUGAAAUCACAUGCAUGAACUGUACUGCUGCUUUCAUGGUCCAGAAGGUAGUUCAAGAAGCAGCAACAUUCUCUAACCUGGAUCCUGCGACAGUGUAUACUUUUUCAAUUUGCACUGAAAAAGAAGGUUUUAAAGACAGUGCUCCUAACGUAAAAGAAAUACAGACAGCCCCAAGUGCAGUUGAAUUUAUGAACCAUAGUAGAAACUCCAAUGCAAUAACUGUUAGCUGGCCUACAGCUAGAAGUCUUCUGGACGGAUACAUUAUUUCAAUAUCCAGCGGAAUCUUAAUGAAAGAGGAAACCCUGCCUUCCACAAAAAGGGCAUUCACAUUUAAUAGCCUUUCUUCAGGGACUGACUUUUUAAUUAGUGUUAUAACUACCAAGGGACUGAAAAGAAGCCAUCCCACUGUCCUCAUGGUUAGCACUUAUCCAGACCCACCAUCUGAUUUGCUGAUUUUGGGGCAGGAAGAGAACACAAUAUAUUUGUCUUGGAAACUUCCACAAGGAGGCUUUGAAAAGUUUCAGAUAUCCUAUCGUAUGACUUCUAGAAAGGAAAAGAUAUUUAAAAUAAUUGUUUAUGGCAACAAAGCCAAAGUAAAGAAUUUGACUCCAGGUGUGGACUACAUGUUCGAGGUAAAGACAGUUAAAGGCAGAGAUUACAGUGUAUCUGUAAUGGAGAAAGUGGCUACAAAACCAUCUAGGAUAUGUGGCUUAACAUUAAAAGCCGUGAAUACUACUUCUGCACAUUUAAUGUGGAAUCCAACAGAGACCAACUUCACUCAUUACAAGAUUUAUAUAUCAAACAGAACAUUUGCAGAAGAAUAUCUUAUUUGGGGAGUUAUUACAGAGCACACAGUUACAGAUCUGUCUCCUGGUGGAAUAUAUAACAUCACGGUACAUAGAGUGAGAGACAAUGUUGAAGGAUCUGGCACAUUUAUCAGAGUUGUUGCAGGUAUACAAAUUCUUUUUGAUAUUAAAAAAAAUUCACAUUUGUGUUGCAUAUUACACUGUUCAAGAUAA